AUGCCUGUGUAUCCGUCACUGCAAGACUCGACCUUCGACACCGACCUGUGGGACCGCCACCUAAUCUAUGACUAUGCCGCACAAGACAAGGACGGCAACCCAGAGAAAUGGCGGUACGAAAUGUGGUUCGAAAACGAGGACCGCAUCAACUACGCGAUCCAUGGCGGGCCGAUGGCAGGGCGGAUCAACUUCCAGACGGCCGAGUACCAGUGCAUCCGGGCCGGGGAGCUGUGGCAAUGCAGCUGGCUCGAGGAGACGGGGACCAUGUGUUCGCUGGUGUAUGAUAUACCGCGGAAACGCAUCACCACCAUGCUCGGCUUCUCGCGUGGACACUGGGAACAGGCGGAGGCGGCCCAUGGCGAUAAGCGGAAUGCGGAAGAUUUCGAGAGGUGGCGGGGUCUGGCGCGGGUGGGGAUCCAGACGGAGCGGGUUAUGUUGAGCGAGCAGGCUGAUAUUCUGGAGGAUUUCCGUGGUCCUGGUGAUCUUAAGCCGGUUGACCCGAGCUGGCCCACGUUGUGA